AUGGCAACUAAGUCACUUGUUUACUAUCAGUUGUAGAAUCGCGUUGAACGUCAGCUGAUUCACAGGCAGUCGGCAAUAGUACAGUCACAUUCACCUAACAUCAUGCCUAGGAACGAGAAAAUUGGAAUCAUUGGCAGUGGGCUCAUUGGGAGGAGCUGGGCCAUGCUCUUUGCCAGUGUGGAGUAUGAGGUGUGCAUCUAUGAUCUCAAACCAGAGCAGGUGACAGCAGCAUUAGAUGAUAUCCUUCAUCAGUUAAAAAGUCUUGAGAAGUCUGGGAUGUUGCGAGGAACUGCAUCUGCUGAGGAGCAACACAAGUGUAUCAGGGGUGUAUCCAGCCUUGAAGAGUGCAUCACUGGAGCCAAACAUGUUCAAGAAUGUGUCUUUGAGAGUCUUGAAUUGAAGAAAAAGGUAUUCCAUCAACUUGAUAAGUUAGCAGGACCAAACACAGUGCUCUCGUCAUCCACCUCUUGCAUUGUCCCAUCUAAGUUCACUGAAGAUUUGGCUCACAGGGAAAACUGCAUUGUUGCUCAUCCAGUGAAUCCCCCUUACUAUGUGCCCAUGGUUGAAGUUGUUCCUGCUCCCUGGACAUCAAAGGAGGUGGUUGCUCGAACAACUGCCUUAAUGAAAGAGAUUGGACAGUCUCCUGUCACUUUUACCAGGGAGCUGCAAGGAUUUGGACUCAAUCGAAUCCAAUAUGCCAUCUUGAAUGAAUGUAACAACCUUGUACAAAGUGGUGUGUUGAGUGCAGAAGAUGUGGAUAUCAUCAUGAAAGAUGGACUUGGAUACCGCUAUGCAUGGAUGGGGGCCUUGGAAACUGCUCAUCUAAAUGCCCAAGGCAUGGACGAAUACCUCAGCAAGUACGGGCCGACCAUGGUGAGUGUGUCCAACACCUUCCUGGGCAUCCCCGCCUGGACUCAUGAGGCCUCGGGUAGUCUCAUUGAGCAGAUGAACCAGAUGGUGCCCGAAGAUCAGCUGGAGAAACGGCGGCAGUGGAGAGAUACUCGCCUCGCCGCUCUCGCAAAACUGAAGAAGGACAUGAAAGAGUUGGAGAAAUCGGAGAAAUAAUUCGAUUUUGUCGCCAAAACUACUCCUCGGCUUUUUUUUGUUUACUUUUGGGGAGAUUCCUUGUUAAAGAGAUAAAGGAAUAGAAUAUAUACUUGGAUUGUUUAAUAAAUAGACUUUUUGUAUUGAAAAUUUCUUGAUGCACGUUAUCAGGGUAUUGGUUCAUUUUAAGAAUGUCACACACAGACACAAAAGAAUGUUGCAUUUUAUUUGAUAUCGAUUCGUAUACAAAGUGAAAGUCAAAUUGUCAGUGAAGUGAAUAUGGAAUUUUGGAUUUUUUUCAUGGAAUGCGAGGUCGAUCGAAUAUGAAUUAAUAAAACUAAACGUUUUUAAUUUGUUAUGAAAUAUUUUUACUGAUAUAAAUCAGUUUCUUGUAGCUAUAGGCACUGGGUGUUUUAGAAGUUAUCUAUGUCUGUCUAUCAUAUGUUCUUUGAGGAGAUAAAUACCACUUGUUGAUCUUGAUUGUUAUUUUGUAAUUUGAAUCAAGCAUAGAAGUUUGUAAAAAAAAAAAAAAAAAAAAAAAAAACUGAUGAAAAAUAUGAACUUGAUAUGUGUUUAGAAAUUUGUGAAACUUCUUACAUUUGUAAUCACAGUACUAUUUUCUGAACUGAAUUUAUAUGUUUUGGGAAUCAUAAUAAAUGUCGAGCGAGA